CAGCAGUAACUUGGAUUGGGAGAGCACUCAUGGACUCCAAGGGAACUAGUUGGCUGAAAAAAGAGAAGAAUGAAGUAUAUGCUGAACCAGGCUCCUUGGUUCAGUUACACACAUCUACCAUGAAAGUAAAAGAAGAAUUGGAUGAGCAAGUGAACCAACAGUUUCUUCAAGAUCCACCAAGGAUUGUAAUGCCUAGUCUUCGUAUAAAGCAAGACCUAGAACUGAAACGGGAUUUAGAUGGCAUUAAGCAUGAUUGUCUUGAAGAUAAUUCGGUAAUCUCUCGGCCAAAUCAUUUUAUCAAGGAGGAUCCUGAACUAAAUUUGGAGGUGGGUGGAACUGAGAAUACUGUGGCAGCCUCAAUAAGAAAUGCAUCUGAUAGUUUAAGUUUCAUUCAAAGUGCUGGUGACAGCUGUAACGUUUCGUAUCAAGAAGCAUUACAUCAAGGACUAGUCGAUGACGAUCAGGAGAUAGAUACAGAGAUGUCAACAGAUUUCAGUAUGUCUCAUAACUAUAGCAAGUUACAGACGUCACAACAAGACAGCUUAUGUGGCACAAGAUUAAGUUGUAGCAUCAGGGAAAAGGAAUUCCAUAAGUUUAACUGUAGUUUCUGCCUACAGAGCUUCCCUUCAAAAUACAGACUCAUAAUGCAUAUCUUCAUCCACAUUGAUGGUGUGCAGGCACCUGCAUAUGUGUGUAAGUCAUGUGGUGAGGUAUUGCCCACUGAUGACAGCUUGAAAGAACAUUUGAGAAUGAGUGAGGGUGACCAAGCAUUACCAGCUGCCAACAGUGAGAAACUUGAAUGCAGUGAUGACCAUGAAAACAACAUCUCCUUAGAAAGUGUAAGAGAAGAAAUUGUGGAACAGACUGAGAAGCAAUCUUCAUCCAAGGAAACCAGGAAAACUUUAAGGAAAUCCUUCAGUGACAUAUGCAAUACACAUACUGUGACACAAGUUGCAGAGAAACUCAGAUGUGAUGACUAUGGAAUCAUGUGUACAGGUGAUCAUGUUAAUGUCCACACUAUGCUAAGUGCGAAGAGACAUCACAAAUGUGAUGUUUGUGGUAAAUUGUUUACUCGUUCGGGCAGUAUCAAGGUACACGAAUUAAUACACACGGGGAAGAGACCCCACAAAUGCCGUGUUUGUGGAAAAUCGUUUACUCAGUCGGGCAAUCUCAAGACACACGAAUUAAUACAUACAGGAGAGAGACCCUACAAAUGUACUGUUUGUGGCAAAUCGUUUAUUAGUUCGGGGAAUCUCAAGGCACAUGAAUUAAUACACACGGGAAAGAGACCCCACAAAUGCCGUGUUUGUGGAAAAUCGUUUACUCAGUGGAGCACUCUCAAGACACACGAAUUAAUACAUACAGGAAAGAGACCCCAUGAAUGCAGUGUUUGUGGAAAAUCGUUUACUCAGUCGGGCAAUCUCAAGACACAUGAAUUAAUACAUACAGGAGAGAGACCCUACAAAUGUACUGUUUGUGGCAAAUCGUUUAAUGGUUUGUGGAAUUUCAAGGCACAUGAAUUAAUACACACGGGAAAGAGACCCCACAAAUGCCGUGUUUGUGGAAAAUGGUUUACGCAGUCGAGCAGUCUCAAGAUACAUGAAUUAAUACAUACAGGAAAGAGACCCUACGAAUGUACUGUUUGUGGCAAAUCGUUUAUUGGUUUGGGGAAUUUCAAGGCACAUGAAUUAAUACACACGGGAAAGAGACCCCACAAAUGCCGUGUUUGUGGAAAAUCGUUUACUCAGUCGAGCAGUCUCAGGACACAUGAAUUAAUACAUACAGGAAAGAGACCCCACGAAUGCGAUGUUUGUGGAAAAUCGUUUACUCAGUCGGGCCAUGUCAAGAGGCAUUUGUUGACACACAUGGGAAAGAGACCCUACAAAUAUAAUGUUUGUGGUAAAUCGUUUCCUCAAUGGGGCAGUCUCGAGAAACAUGAAUUAAUACACACUGAGCAGGGACCACACAAAGUCAAUGUUGGUGGCAAAUCGUUUUCAGAACUGGGUCAUCUACAAACACAGAAAUUAAUACACGCAGGAAUGAGCCCCCACAAAUAUACUUGCGGCAAAUAUUUUUCUUCCUCUGGUAAUCUCCAGGAAAUCAUUAGUACACACCGGUAAAUGACAACACAAAUGUAGUAUUUAUGGCAAAUUGUAUAAAAACUCGAGUAACCUCAAGAAACAGCUAUCACUACACACUGAAAAAAGGCUACACAGAUGUGAUAUUUGCUGGGAAUCUUUUACUCUAGUCUAUCAUCUUUAGAAGCAUGCAAUAAUACAUAUUACGUAGAGACCACUCAAAGUAUUGUUGAGGUCUGUAGACUUCCACAUGUUCAAAGGAGACCACAAGUGUGUUAUGAAUAUUGAUCGCAUGUACUACAGAAAGGUCACAAAAAAAGGACAAAUCCGUUUUCACAGCUUCAUGUUCAAAGAAGUUGCAUACUAAAUACAAUAUAUGAAGCACACAAUUGCAAUUUUUUGUUGUAAAUGCUCCAUGCUAUAACGAUCUGUCUACAAGAAACUGGGGCAUUGAAAGAUAUCUGUUUCUCGUUUGAGUAGAAGUCCUAUGCAGUAAUCAGGACUCCAUAUUCUUCAAGAGAAUUUACCAGUAUGUUGCUAGUUAUUUGAAAGAAACUGCCAUUUCAAUAUUCAUGAAGCUGUAGGCAGUACCCAGUCGACAGCAUAAAUGUGUUUAUUACACAUCCAUCACUCAGGCUAUUUUUCUCAACGAUGGAGAAAGAUACAAAAAUAUCAUUAUUAUGCAAACAUGUUACUGGGGUAUGCCUCCUUAAUAGUAAUGCUAUUUGUGUGAUCAAAAUUUGCACACAUGUGAACUAUCUGUGCUACUUCUACAUUAGGAAAUAACUGAUGGUGGCAAGUAUGCAGAGAUCAGGCAAAAAUUGUAAUCAUCUGCCUAGUAGCAUUUUGAUUCACCUUCAGACUGCAAUACAACAGUGCUUCUGUAUGGUGUGGACUCAUUAGUUCGCUGUUAGUUUUCCACUAGUAAAUUGGACUAUAUGUCUACACACGUCUCACACAGUUCCCAUUAACUGCAGGCUAUCAGUUUGUUGCUUUGUAGUUAGUAUGCAAUAGCAUCCCAAAUUCGUUUCAUAAUGACCUAAUGAGGUGGGAAAGACAACAGUGAGAGCUAUCAUGAUGCUCAAACCAUUGCAGUGUGAUUCUGACCUUGUGAUUUGAACAGUUAUCCUGCUGUAAGAUGUUGUCACUCUCAGGAAAUACAUCGAGCAUUAAGUGACACAGAGGUUGCAAUAAUGUUCAUGUUCUUCACAUCUGUCAUGGUGCUUCCAAUUAUGAGCAGCUGCUUCUUGGCGUCUCAUAUGAAUAUCCCCCAUAGCAUGACAUUGCCACCAUCUUUCUGCACCUGUUGUGUUGUGCAUGUGUUGAACGACUGUUCAUCUGGAUGAUGGCACAUCUGGGCACAACCAUUAACCUGGUCCACAAGAAAUGUCACCUAUCCCAACAGGUGACACAUCUUUAUUGGUAUGCAGUCCAAUCUCAAUUAUCCAAUUCGUAUUACUAUAGUAACUGACAAGCAUUUUCUUCUGUCUCCACAGAUUGCCAUCAAUCCCACUUUACAAAGCAGCUAGGUUCUGAUCUCCUUGUUCUAGGUAAUGCAUGGUAAUCCUACAACCUUUUGUCAACUUGUGGAUAUCCCAUCUUUCAACGAUGUUCUAUAGAGGCUAAUGAUAGAAGCAUCUGAGCAGCCAACCAUAUUCACUGUUUUUUAGAUGCACUUACCCAGGCACCAGGCAAAACCAUCUGAUCUUUGGCAAAGUUAUUUAUGCCAGUUCUUUACACAAACUGUAACUAGAAUGAUUACCCAUUCAUUGCUGGUUAUAUAGUUUCGUUACUACGUGACAUAACCAGAAUGCCACUGGGUAGCAUACACUCCUCCUAGGGAAGUGGGUAUAAUGAUUUGGAUCAACCGUGUAUCUUGACACAAAAGGAUCUUAUGGUACAUUGUGUAGUAAUUCAAAUUUUCAUGCUUCGUUAAAUUUUAUGCCAAUACACUAUUGUCAGUUUAAGUGCCAUAUUUCUUGUGAAAAAUAUUUGUAUUAAAAAUCCCUGUACAUAAUUCUGAUUAAAUGAAGAUUAAUUUUA